AUGACCACCUGGGCAUCGAAGAGUCUCAUCAUAUCUCAUUUCAGUGGCACAGAUGACGCAGUCAGUCGUAAGAACGUACCACGCAUAUGGCAAAUCCCCGAAAAGCAGUGUGAAGUCAAUAAGGCCGACAUGGGCCUAUCGCAGGUCAAAAUGGGACAUUGGGUAGGCUCAAACCCACCAACGAGCUUCAGUUCAAGCAGCUCCACGUCCAACCCAGACCAGUCGAAUUGA